CCGCCAUAUCUACUUAGGGUUUCGAAUUUUCUCUCAACUCCAAUCCAAUGGAGACCUCUCUCAGAUACGGUGGAGAUUCCAGAGCUCUCAGAAUCCACGCCAAGCAGAAGUUACCUCUCGAUUCCUUUACCCGCUUGCAGGUUCAUGGAGAGCUUGAUACUAAAGUUGGAGCUCCAACUCAUUUUACUGCUCUUGUCAGGCGCUUUUACCCGGAUUUUUCGACUAGCAUUGGGGCUGGAUUGCAGUAUGAUAAGCGCAAUAAGCUCCGGUACACUAUUCGUGGGAAGAAGGCAUUCCCCGUGACGAAGAAUGAAUCGGUGAACUUUGUUGUUAAGGGAAGUUAUGAUCUUGACAAAGAUUUUAGAGAGAAAGGAUCCAAAGGAGCUGCUGAGUUUUCCUGGAGCAUUAUAGACUUUCAAAAGGACCAAGAUGUCAGGUUCAAAGUUGGGUACGACUUGAUUGAAAAGGUUCCAUAUGCUCAGAUCAGGGAAAACAAUUGGACUCUCAAUGCCGAUUUUAAUGGCAGAUGGAAUGUGAGAUUUGACUUAUGAGAGGCAAAAGCUAGAAUGCUAUUUUUUGGAGGUGACAUUUGUUUCUGCAAAACAUGUUGGAUUCUAUUUGCUUGUAGUGAGUCUUUCUGCUUAAAUUUCUUAGUGAAAAAUUGAACUAGCCAUAUUAGUUGGCCA